AUGACAAGCUCCUGGAACGAAACCACGCUCCCAACCAUUCUGUCGAAUUACAAAUUGGAGGACACUUUCAACGCAGACGAAUUUGGUUUGUUUUACCAAUGUCUUCCCGAGAAAACAUACCACCUCAAAGGAGAAAAGUGUUCUGGGGGGAAGAAGAGCAAGUUGAGAUUCACUGGAAUGGCCGCAGCAAGUGCUACUGGAGAAAAGUUGCCAAUGUUCGUCAUUGGCAAAUCAAAAAGACCUCGCUGCUUUAAUAACAUCAAACAUCUCCCUUGCCAAUACACAUCACAAAAGAAAAGUUGGAUGGAUAGUGAAAUAUUUGAAAACUGGGUCCGGAAACUGGACCAAAAGUUUCGUGUAGACGGGAGAAAAAUCGUUCUUAUAAUCGACAACUGUCCAGCACACCCAUCGAUCUCGAACUUAACAAACAUUCAUCUCGUUUUUUUGCCCCCUAACACAACGUCUGUGUUGCAACCGAUGGACCAAGGUGUCGUACGAAGUCUAAAAGCGCAUUACCGAAGGAGAGUUGUACGUUUGCUGUGCAGUGCUUUGGAGAACAACAAACCUUUGCCAAAGAUUUCAAUUUUAAGCGGAAUGAAGAUACUGGCUGAUCCUUGGGAGGCUGUAACUAAACAAACCAUCAUCAAUUGUUUUAAGAAAUCUGGAAUCUCUUCUACAGGACAACAGGAUGCUAUUGCUGAUUCGGAUGACCCAUUUAAAGAUCUUCAAGAAAGUUUGGAUGAUUUAAGAGAGGCUGAUCCAUCAUUGGUACCAAAUGAUCUCAGUGCUAAUGAUCUUGUGACCUUGGAUGAUGAGGUUAUCGCAACCGCCCCUCAAAUCUCUAAUGAGGAUAUCAUUGAUGAAUUUCGGAAAUCUCAGGACGACGAAGCUGAAGACGAUGGCAGUGACAUGGAGGAUGAUUCAUUUGAUAUAGUUGUCGAAAAACCAUCAAGAUCAAAAGUCGAGUGUAGUAUUGAUCUUUUGAAAGAUCUAGCAAUGUGUUGCCGAAAAAGGCAAUGA